AUGGAUGACUCCCCUAUGAUCGGAGAUUACAAACUGAUUCGCACUCUUGGCAAAGGAAUCAGUGGAAAGGUCAAAUUGGCCAUGAAUACGAAGAAUGGUGAGGAAGUUGCAAUCAAAAUCAUCAAAAAGUCAUCAUUCGACCAAAGACCUGACCUCAACCAGAAAAUACAACGAGAAACAACACUGAUGAAGUUGAUUGAUCACCCUCAUCUUCUUGGACUUAUUGAAGUCCUCGAAUCUCCUAGGCAUUUAUAUAUCAUUACAGAAUACGCGUCCAAAGGAGAAUUAUUUGAUUAUUUGGUUGAAAAGAGAUUCUUACCACAGCCAGAGGCCGUCAAAUUCUUCCGUCAAAUCAUAUACGGACUCGAGUAUUUACACUCCCUUGGUAUUUGUCAUAGAGAUCUUAAACCAGAGAACAUUUUAUUAGACUCAAACUACAACGUUAAGAUCGCAGACUUCGGUUUCGCCCGUUUUGUCCAAUCAAACAUCGCAGAAACUUCAUGCGGAUCACCGCAUUACGCUGCUCCAGAAGUCAUUCGCGGACUUCCAUACGAAGGCAAGAAAGCUGAUAUAUGGAGUUGCGGCGUCAUCUUUUACGCAUUACUUGCCGGCUAUUUACCGUUUGAUGAUCCAAAUAUUCGUACUCUUCUUGCCAAAGUCAAGAGGGGCGUAUAUUCGAUGCCGAAAACAUUCACAGCAGAAGCAAAAGCACUCAUAAACGGCAUGUUGCAGAUCGAUCCAAAGAAUCGCUUUACGAUCCAACAAAUUAAAGAGUCACCUAUCUUCAGAGAAGGCCUUAAUCCAGAAUAUGUAUUACCAGCACCACCACCGACACCAAACUUUACAGAGCCAAUACCAGAAUCUCAAAUCGACGAUCAAAUCCUCGAUAUCCUUUAUAAAAUCGGUUAUACAGACGCAGAAGUACUACGUAAAGAGCUUACAAGUGACGAAGCCGCUCUUUCGAAGGUCUUUUACCGUAUGGCAACCAGUCGAAUUUCAAUCGAACAACUUAACUGGGACGGAACAGAUACAAGCCCAAAGUUCUUCGAUACAAUCGAAUGCGAACCUACCAAACAAGCAUUCGUCAAUGGUGUUGGCCCGUUCCACCGCAUGACUGGCUCUCCACAAUCGUUGACAAGAGAUGGACCAAUGUCUCUCGCUGUCAGACCAGACUGGGAUGCUGUUGUUCCACAGGGAACAGAUGUUCUCAUGGACCAGACUCUCCAGCAUGAAAGUAUCGAACAAGAAGAGGCAAUGUUAGUUUGCCAGAAAACUUGUAACAAUUUGAACAUGAAAUGGUUCCAUCCGGACGAUUUCACGAUAUUCGCAAGAAGUGUCGAUAAGGGAACAUUCAUUGAAGUGGAUUCCUAUAGAUCGGGAGAUGGUUGUGUAAUGGAAGUUCACUUAUGUGGCGGCUCGGCUGACAUCUUCAAUGCUUUCGUUGAACAUGUCGCUGAGUUACUUGAUCAGGAAAGCAAGGAUGAGGAAAGCAUUUAA